UCUUUGUUUACGUGGGUGUGUGUCUUUACGUCUUUAUCGUGUUUUGGCGCAACGUAGGUGAAUCGGACUGUUUAUUAUAUUUGUUGUUGUUAAGAACUUUAAGCAGAAUAAAUCCAAGGCUCUGCACAACACAAUGAACAACAGUCCCAAGGACGUGUCUAUGUCUGGUGGAGCUGGUUACAGACGUGGACAAGUAGACAACAAUGCCGUCUCGGGUAUCUCUAUCAGCAUUGAGAGUGAUGAUAAUGAGUCAACCACAGCAGAGCACGAAUAUUUACUGCCCGCUGGCACCUCAUCGUCUGUUACCUCUGCGAUGCCAGGAAGCAGUGCUACCACCGGUGUCCAUCUAGAUCAUGGCAGUAAUCUGUCUGGUAGGAGCAGCAGCCUAACUACUGGCGGUGGCGUAGGUGCCAGUCGUUAUCCAUCCCAUCAUGGCAAUAUAAUUUCAUCGUUUUUGGCCAGACAACGAUCAUACACACCACCCAUGCGAGUUACAACACAAGUGAACCGCCGAUUGCAGCCGUCCCGCAGCAUGGGAGCCAAUAACGCCUCCAGCCCAGAAGAGACUUCUCCUAGUCCAGUUGUAGGGGCGUCAUCCAGUGCUAACAGCGGUGCACCAGCAUCGAGUUCAGCAAGCGGAGUACGGCAAUUGGGAAAUUUCUGGCGUGUCAAUCUUAACGAGGUCAUCUCGUUAUCUACAGCUCCGUCGACCGAGGCGCUGAGAUCCUUUAUUACACAUUCCAAUUUUCGUUAUCAACCCGCACCAACUGGUAGCGCAGCUACCUCUCCAGUUGACAACUCCCAUAUUUUAAUUAACAAUCAGCCCCAAAUAAACCCGACGGCGGCAGCAGCAGGUGGUAGUCAGGAAGCGGCGACAAGCCCAUCGUCUCCUCUUCGCAUGAAUCGUAAUGGACAGGGACACAUGGGCAGAAGCAUUUCGUUGCGUGAAGGCGAAAUGCGACACACUCAUGGUUUGACUGGCAGCAGACACAAUGCCAGCGUUAUAGGAUUGAGCAGCAGCAGCAAUGGACAACCACCGACAUAUGAAGAGAGCGAACCUGUUAAUAGUGCACAUCCCGAGCGUAUCGACAACGGUAGUGGUGGCGGAGGUGGUAAUCCGGAUGCUGGUACUGACAAUGCGGCCAUUCCGGCCGACGCCCACGAGCACAAUGGUGGAGAAGACGAGCCUCUUAUUUCAGAUAUGGUGGUGCAGAUCCUUAGUCACUUUGUUCGCUAUUUGCCAAUAAUCGGCAUAUUGCUUACCAAAUUUAUCCACGACCAUCUUCUAGGUAUUUUAGAUCUCCUGGUACUGCAGACUGUGAUGUACAAUGUAAACCGAUCUGUGCGCCAUCAGGUGGCCCGAUUGGCCCAGAAAAACUAUGUAGUGUUAAUACGUGAUGCGGUUCUCGUUGGCAUGGUGGUCUUGUUGAGGCUCUUUAUGGCCUCAGCUCCGCCAGAUCCCUUCGGUUUGAUUGUUCCGCCGCCAAAGAAAUAUUUUAGUGUCGAAGUUACUGCCCUUCCGUACAAGACAGAAGGCGAGAAUGCCGAGAAGGAGAUCCAGUUACCCCAACCAACCUCCUCAUCCUCGGAGACACUAAAGGCCACAUUUAGUACAGACACAUACGAUGUCCUUAAGGUCAUCCCUUUGGGAAUGUUGCUCUAUUAUGUGGCUGUCAGUGAUCUUAUUAUUAAGCUAUUAACCAUGUUUAUUAAACUGGCCAUCACCAUGCUGCCCAUGCAUGUCCUGAGGUUAAAAGUCCGGGCUCGUCUAUAUGUCCUGGUGGAGUAUCUCUCACAAUUCUAUCGUGCCCUUACACCGAUCACCCAAUGGUUCUACUAUCUAUACGAGUCCUAUUCUGGUCUGGAAGUCAUUUCAGGUGGUUUCUUUUGCUCCAUGUAUUUGGGAGCAAAGAUCUUUGAACUUAUUGAACGCGGAAAAUCGUUGAAGAAAGCCAUAGUGACCUUUAGGCGAAAUAUUGACUCGGAACGUCCGCCGACAAAAGAUGAAUUAGAUGCCGCUGGCUCUGUGUGUCCAAUUUGCCACGAUUCGUAUAACACUCCAACACUCUUAGAGUGUGGUCAUAUAUUUUGUGAUGAGUGCGUCCAGACUUGGUUCAAGCGUGAACAAACUUGCCCCAUGUGCCGGGCAAAAGUUAGCGACGAUCCUGCUUGGCAAGAUGGUAGCACCACUUUCUUCCAUCAGCUUUACUAGCUGAACUUCUGUCUUUUUCCAAAAAAUUUUCAAUUUUAAAUACGUGUAU